AUGCCUACUGCCGAAGAAGAAGUAAAAUUCCUGGUCACUUGCAUCCGAUGUGCAACGAACGGCAAACCGAACUUCAAAUCUGUUGCUGAUGAGAUCGGAAUCAAGACUGGUGCUGCCUCGAUGCGUUACACCCGCCUCCUCAAGAAAUACGGUGCAGCUCCUGCUGCGGGGACUGGCAGCUACCGCCCUCCUAACAAACAAUUCAGUACUGUGAAGAAUGAAUAUGGGGAUGGAGAGGGUGAGGGCGAGAUCAGUAUCAGGCAUGUGCCGAAGAAGAGGAAGGUAAAGGAGGAGCCUGGCUUGGCCUAUUUCAAAGAGGCGGAGGAGGUGGUGGUGAAGUAUGAUCCUGAGGAUGGGCUUUAUGAGUGA